GUGGGACUUCCUGCUGUUCAGAGCAGAGGGUGUGAGGACGACCAAGCCCAGACAGCCAGUCCAGCCAUCAUACAGGAAUAUUCUUUGGUUUUGCUCGUGUCAGGGUCACAGAUGAGGAAUUGUUUUAAAAAUGUGAUCACUUUAAGAUUAUUUGCUCACUUGAAAUAUGUGGGAACUCUUUGUUUUUCUGCUUAAGGAAAGUGGAGCAAACACAUUGUUGAAUGCUGGUGAAUAAGAGCCAACGAAUUCAACACAUGGAGACAGAGUGCCAGCAGUGGACGGAGAGCAACGGGGACGAGGACAGCGACACCGAUGAUAUCCUGUGUGGAAUCCAAGAGAGCUGCGCCACUGACCUACACCACCACCCCCAGCUGGGAACAGACAUCGAGGCAGCCAGGACUUUGUUUUCAGACUCUGCAGUCUCUGUCAGGGAGUACGGAUCCAUUGACGACGUGGAUGUUGACUUAAACAUUAAUGCCAACUUUUUGGAUGCAGAAGCCGCCAAAGCCUGGAGAGUAAAUCCAUCAGAGCCCAUUGUUAUCCGUCUUCACUUCUCUGUGUCUCAGUAUCUGGAUGGACCUGCACCUACAGUGGAGGUCUUUCAGCCAUCAAGCCCUGAUCGUUUCAGUGUCGGGAAACAGCUGCAGAAUAUUCUCACAGUCUUCAUAUCUCAAGAGUGGAAGCACUUGACGAAUGAGAGCAUCGUAGUCCGACAGAAGAGCAGACACAGCUGGUUCAAGCCGAGUGGAACCAUCAAGAAGUUUCGUGCGAGGUUCAACGUCUGGUUACCACAGUCAAAAUCAAAUGGGCUCCAGGAAUCAACUGUAAGGAGUAAAAUCAUUUUACCAGCAAUAAAGCUGAACCGUUUCACAAAUCGUCCAAAUUCCUACACCAUCAAGAAUCCAACUGGAGAACUCUUCACCUACACGCCCAGUGGAAAGAGGGUGGUGGUCUCAGCGGUCAAAUCAUCUGCUCAGCUCAGCACCAAACAGCUGAUAGAGCUGCUCUUCACCUCCAACGCCAUUGGUCACUGUAAGAACACACCAAGCCUGCAGCACGGCUUCUUAGUACAGGUAAUGAGGUACGCUGAGCAGAGAAUCCCAAACCUGAAUGAAUACUGUGUUGUCUGUGAUGAGCGGCAUGUGUUUCAAAACGGCCCUAUGCUUAAGCCUGCAGUUUGCACCAGAGAGCUGUGCGUGUUCUCCUUUCAUACGCUGGGAGUUAUGUCUGGAGCUACAGAGGAGGUUGCCACCGGUGCAGAGGUGAUCGACCUGUUGGUAGCCAUGUGCAAAGCUGCUCUUCAGUCUUCACGCAAGAGCAUCAUAUUUCAGCCGUACCCUUCUGUUGUUGAUCCGUACAACCCCAAAACUCUGGCCUUCAGCCCAAAGAGGAAGAGCUAUGACAGACUGCAGAAAGCUCUGGACAGCGUCUUGUUAAUCAGAAGGAUGGCACAGGGUUCUUAUUCUGAGAUAAAGAAGCAGAUGGACAAGGCUGACCCUCUCGCUCAUCCACUACUGCAGUGGAUUUUAGCGAGCAACAGAUCUCAUCUUGUCAAGCUUCCACUGAAUAAGCAACUGAAGUUCAUGCACACGCCUCAUCAGUUCCUGCUGAUCAGCAGCCCUCCAUCCAAAGAGGCUCGCUUUCAAACUGCCAGGAAAUUUUAUGGCAGCACUUUUGCUUUCCAUGGUUCCCACAUCGAAAACUGGCACUCUAUUUUAAGAAACGGGCUGGUUAAUGCCUCUUAUACCAAACUGCAGCUUCAUGGAGCUGCUUAUGGAAAAGGCAUCUAUUUGAGUCCCAUUUCAAGCAUAUCUUUUGGAUAUUCUGAGAUGGGUAAAGGUCAACACAAAAUGCCAACCAAAGAAGAACUCCUAGAGAAAUACAACCGAAUAAAUAAAAUCAAACAGGAGCCGCUCAGAGAAAACAGGUUUCUGCAAAGCAGUAACCUAAACUGUAUUGCACUCUGUGAAGUGAUAACUUCAAAAGACCUUCAAAAACACGGGAACAUUUGGGUUUGUCCAAUACCCGACCAUGUCUGCACACGUUUCCUCUUUGUGUAUGAAAAUGGUCAGAUAGGAGACGUCCACAUCAACACUCAGGAAGCCACAAUCCAGAGGGAAAUUUUACAAGUAAUUGCUUCAAAGCCAAGCUGAGAAAACCAGGAUUCAUACGCAUACAGUAGAUUCACACAUUUAUUUUACUAUUUAACAUGAAAAAGCACUGACUGAGAAUCAGUCUCUGCUUGCUUAUUGGUGAUGAAACAUAUUUUUACUGGUUUUAAAGGUGAACAUGAAACAAUGAGCUGCUUAAUAUUAAAUUCAUCAGCUUUUGUUUGAGUGAAAAACAAACUCGCUGAAAAGAAAAAAAGAUCACCCCCAAACUGAACAGAGCGU